GUGUGCGGCUCCGAGACACGGGGGAGGCGGGAAACAAUAGCGGGAGGAACAGGCCCGGGCACUGAGGGGAGGAGUCAGGGGAAAAACCGGGGAAACGUGAGCUAAGUUGAGGACUCUAAGAGCAAGUUGAGUCUCGCAAGCGGUAAAGUCUCUGCUCCUGGAUUUACUAUGGCUGAUAAAGAGGCUGCGUUUGAUGAUGCGGUGGAGGAACGAGUUAUAAACGAAGAGUAUAAGAUAUGGAAAAAGAACACCCCUUUCCUGUAUGAUCUGGUGAUGACCCAUGCCUUGGAAUGGCCUAGCCUGACUGCCCAGUGGCUCCCAGAUGUCACAAGACCCGAUGGAAAAGAUUUCAGUAUCCACAGACUCGUCCUUGGGACACACACUUCUGAUGAACAGAAUCAUCUGGUGAUUGCUAGUGUGCAGCUUCCUAAUGAUGACGCUCAAUUUGAUGCAUCACACUAUGACAGUGAAAAAGGAGAGUUUGGAGGAUUUGGCUCUGUCAGUGGGAAAAUAGAAAUUGAGAUCAAAAUAAAUCAUGAGGGAGAAGUAAACAGAGCUCGUUACAUGCCACAGAAUCCAUGCAUUAUUGCUACAAAAACUCCAUCCAGUGACGUUCUUGUGUUUGAUUACACCAAACACCCAUCAAAACCAGAUCCUUCUGGUGAGUGUAAUCCAGAUCUCCGACUUAGAGGCCACCAAAAAGAGGGCUAUGGCCUAUCCUGGAAUCCUAAUCUAAGUGGCAACCUUCUUAGUGCUUCAGAUGACCAUACAAUAUGCCUUUGGGAUAUCAGUGCUGUACCUAAGGAGGGCAAAGUGGUGGAUGCAAAGACCAUUUUCACAGGGCACACUGCAGUGGUUGAGGAUGUGUCUUGGCAUUUAUUGCAUGAAUCUCUCUUUGGAUCAGUUGCAGAUGAUCAGAAACUGAUGAUCUGGGACACCCGAUCAAACAACACAUCAAAGCCCAGCCACUCUGUGGAUGCUCACACAGCUGAAGUCAACUGUCUGUCAUUUAACCCUUACAGCGAGUUCAUAUUGGCAACUGGGUCAGCUGACAAGACUGUUGCAUUAUGGGACCUACGCAAUCUGAAAUUAAAGUUGCAUUCAUUUGAAUCUCACAAAGAUGAAAUUUUCCAGCAGGUCCAGUGGUCCCCACAUAAUGAGACCAUCCUGGCAUCCAGUGGAACUGACCGUAGACUAAAUGUUUGGGAUUUAAGUAAAAUUGGAGAAGAGCAGUCUCCUGAAGAUGCAGAAGAUGGUCCCCCUGAACUUCUGUUUAUCCAUGGUGGUCACACAGCCAAGAUAUCAGACUUCUCAUGGAAUCCUAAUGAACCAUGGGUGAUCUGUUCUGUAUCUGAGGAUAAUAUCAUGCAGGUCUGGCAAAUGGCGGAGAACAUUUACAAUGAUGAAGAUACAGAGGGUGGUGUUGAUCCAGAGGGUCAAAGUUCCUAGACAUUGCUAUACUGUCCUGUUUCUUGCAAAAACAGACAUUGUGUCUUCUGCAUCCAGCACUUGGACAUUGGCCAUUCAUUGCCGCACAGAGCUGCUUCUGGCUCCUCGUUUUCCCCAGCCUUCUCUAAUCUCGCUUUUACUGGUUUUGUGAGGAAUCCCCUUUUAUUUUAUAUAUAUAUAUAUGGUUAUUUUAUAUAAAAUUCUCAUUUUAACCAUGUAUCUGCUGCCAAGGAGUUUUUAGAAGCAAGGAGGGGUAGAGAGCUCAUCGUCUGACACAGUCUGGAUAUCCCCAGUGCCUUCCACUGCAUCUGAUAUAAAGAACUAUUCAGGACCAACACUGUUGCGUUUAAACAUUCCUCCCAAUCCUAUAUCCAAGCCCUUCCUAAGGACUGACAAUUAGCAUUUCUUGUCAUUCUUUUAACUAGCCUUUUAUUGUUUGAAUUGGGGCUGCCCUGUACCAAACGGUGAUCUUCAGAAGUUUUUUUUUUUUCCUGAUAUUUAGAUGCAGCCAACUGAAUCAAAACAUUUGUUUUCAUAUGAGGUCAAAGAAUUUCCCAUUAAGCAAAAAUAUUGAGUGUUUUAAGGCCAAUUUCACUCAAAUGUUAAUAUGCAACUUCUGUUUUGUGUACAGACUAACAUUAGAUGGAGGAGUCAAUAGCGGACUGCACCCUGAAACUUUGAUGAAUCCCUAUUUUGACUAUAUUAUAAAUAUAUCCUCUCCUAUCUAUGUGUCUUGAUACUUGUGCUUGACAUUUUUAUAGGGGAGAAAGAGGCGUGCCCCUUGUAAGGGCUCAGAUUGUCAAUUCGCACAGCACCUCACAUGUAAUAAAAAUGUUUGUUUUGUU